UUGAUCUGAAUUCUAAAGGGGCUUGUUGGGGCUGGUAAAAGCAUCUAUUGUAUGUAAAUUAUUCACACAAGGGCAUAUGACUUCUACUGUGCAGGGCCGUGGCUAGUGUGAGGAAUCAUUAGCAAUGCAAACUCAUGGUGGUCUUGUUCACAGACUCACCAAUGGGGGGGAAAAAAUUGCGAAACUAAUUCAAUAGUUGAUGGGCGUGUUCGUGCACUAUUUCAUCUAAAGACCCGGAACCGAAAAUGAACUGGGCGUCCUUUUAUGCCGUCGUCAGCGGUGUAAACAGACACUCCACUGGAAUCGGUCGCAUCUGGCUGUCCGUGCUGUUUAUCUUCCGUAUCCUGGUCCUGGUGGUGGCAGCCGAGAGCGUUUGGGGCGACGAGAAGUCCGGCUUCACCUGCAACACCCAGCAGCCUGGCUGCAACAGCGUCUGCUACGACCACUUCUUCCCCAUCUCGCACAUCCGCCUGUGGGCACUGCAGCUCAUCCUGGUGUCCACCCCGGCCCUGCUGGUGGCCAUGCACGUGGCCCACCGCCGCCACAUCGACAAGAAGCUCUACAAGCUGUCUGGCCGGGUCAGUCCCAAGGAGCUGGAGCAGAUCAAGACCCAGAAGAUGAAGAUCACAGGGGCUCUGUGGUGGACCUACAUCAUCAGCCUGUUCUUCAGGAUCGUCUUCGAGUCAGCCUUCAUGUACAUCUUCUACAUGAUCUACCCAGGCUACAAGAUGAUCCGGCUGGUGAAGUGUGACUCGUACCCGUGCCCCAACAUCGUGGACUGUUUUGUGUCCCGGCCCACGGAGAAGACGGUGUUCACGGUGUUCAUGCUGGCGGUGUCGGGGAUCUGUAUUCUGCUCAACAUCGCCGAGGUGAUCUUCCUGGUGGGGAAGGCCUGUGGACGCCACUUGAUAAGCAACGCUGGAGACUCUUCCAUGGGAGCGUGGAUCACACAGAAGCUCUGUUCCUACUAGAGCAAACAGAACAGAGAACUGCCCAGCCAGGAUGAGCCAUGCGAGUUAGCGGUGACAAAGGGAAGCUUUAGAUAAUAACACUGACGGUUCUGCUCUCUGCUUUGUUUUGAGACCUGUUCGUUGAAGUACCACGGCUUUCCAGUCAUUAAGCCUCCAAGCAGGAAAUACACAGACUUAUGUUUUGUAUUUGUGUUGAAUUUAUUCCCCAAAACGUACUGUAAGGACUAUUUUCGUUCACAUGGAACAAGCUUGUUCCGUUGAGAGAGUGAGAGUGGUAUAUUUCUACAGAGAUUUCAACGUUUCUAGUCUUCUGAUUAUAAUUAACAACCAGAGCGUUAGACACUAAUAAACAUGGAUCCUCCCAGGUCAUAUUUGAAGGGAUUUUCUAUCAAGUUGACCUGCUAAUGACUGAUGAUAGAACAGAAUACUCUUUGAAACUUUUUUCUCAGUUUUCUUAAAUUAUCCCAAACAGCAGUUUUCACAGCUCCUCAUUACCUUGGCUGCUCCCUCUCAGUUCACUACAGAAUAUCCUCCCUUUGACUCUAUUUGUCAAGAAUGGCUGUAUGGGAAAGUAUGUAGCACUAAAUACAUUGUGGCACUGUAAGUGCAUACUUCAUAAUGUUUGUGGCAUUUUAGUUUUAGGUAGUUUAUGUUAAUGCUGUGUAUUUUAAGAUACUGUAAGAAGAAAAGGCUUGAACAAGUUUGUCAUAUAUAUAUAUGUCAAAAUUAAAACGUGCAAAAAGCAGAACAGUACCUUGUUGUGUACUGAAAAUAGCUAGUAAAUUAAUUGUUUCAUGCCAAAUAAAUUGUCAUUUACACUAUGACACACUUGUAGUUGAUACAAGGUAUGGUUUCAAUGCAAUUGUUAUUAAUGUAAAAAAAAAAAGAGAAGAUGAUUUAAUGAAUCUAAACAAUAAUCCCGCCACAUUGUUGUCACAGUGUCAAGUAAUGUCCAUCCAUGUAAUACCUUAACAUACCACAUGGUGGCACUAGAAACUUAGCAUACAGGGAGCAUGACCAUUUUAUGGUUCCUCGACAUAUCAUCUCAGAAUGGGAUCAAACUGAAUAAACUGUA